ACUCUAGCUGUUAGUUUUUGUCUAAAUCCGCGAGCCUCCUGGAUCUGAUUUCUGGAUCACAUUUAAAUAAAUAUUAUAUCAAAGUAAUUGACCAAAGCAAACACGCCCCAAGAGCUAGAGAAUCCGGUAUAUUUGGACUCAUCCAAAUUCCAAUCAUACCUUUCUCCGUCUCUGUUUUUGCAUUUGUUUCUGAAUCUCAGUCUUCCACCGUCAGCGACCCAGCACUGAUUGAUCUGGUAGAUUAAGAGGACUGGUUUUCCAGAAUUGGCAUUGCCCUGUCGUGAUCAGUUGGUUUAUACAGCUCGUUUUAAAUUCCGCAUUAUUUGGAAUUCUAAAUCUUGUGGAUUGUUCCUUUUCCUUUUGGAUUGUUGAUCCAUAAGCGGGUAUUGAAACUUGGAGGGCUAGCGAUCUGGAUUCUGUAAUUUGCUUUUGUUUAUGGUGAAUCUAUAUGAUAAUUAUGUGAGUCCGGUGGUUCAAUCUAGUGGAAACAGUAUACCCAUUUUCUUCGGAGAGUCCGAGGGGUGGUGGUUCUAAUGCAUGUAGUAAUUGUCCGGAUUCAAGGUCAACAAACACGCACAGAAGCUUGUAUGUUAGGUUCAAGGAAUUGGGUAUUGAGUGGGUGUUCUUAACUCGAUUGUUGAAGGAGGUUGCACGAUUUGGACAUGAGAAGCUCUUGGUUCAAUAAACUAUCUGUAUGUUAGGUUCAAGGAAUUGGGUAUUGAGUGGGUAUUCUUAACUCGAUUGUUGAAGGAGGUUGCACGAUUUGGACAUGAGAAGCUCUUGGUUCAAUAAACUAUCUGUCAUUUUUGGCCCUAGACCGCCACUCAGCUGGUUACUGUUGUGCCUCAUUAGCUUGCUCGCACUAAUUGCAGUUUUAGGGUCGUCUUCCUCAAAUGCCUUUGACUCUGUAACUCCCACUCCAGUGCCUGACGUUUAUUUGAAUUACAGAAGGUUAAAGGAGCAAACAGCAGUUGAUUAUUUGGAGCUAAAGUCCCUCUCAGUUGGAGCUAGUCGGCAAAGAGAGCUUGGCCUUUGUGGCAAAGAACGAGAAAAUUAUGUCCCUUGUCACAAUGUUUCAGCAAAUUUGUUAGUAGGGUUUAAAGAUGGGGAGGAGUUUGAUCGGCAUUGUGAAGUUUCUAGAGAACGGGAGCGGUGUUUGGUUCGCCCUCCUAAGGACUAUAAGACCCCCCUAAAGUGGCCCACUGGCAGGGAUGUGAUAUGGAGUGGAAAUGUGAAGAUAACCAAAGACCAAUUUCUUUCGUCUGGAAGCAUGACCAAAAGGUUGAUGUUACUGGAAGAGAAUCAAAUAGCUUUCCACUCUGAGGAUGGGUUGAUCUUUGAUGGUGUUAAAGACUACUCUCGCCAAAUUGCGGAGAUGAUAGGGUUAGGAAGUGAUUCUGAAUUUCUUCAAGCUGGAGUGCAUACUGUACUAGAUAUUGGUUGUGGAUUUGGUAGCUUCGGAGCUCAUUUAGUCUCAUUGAAGUUAAUGGCUGUUUGUAUUGCGGCUUAUGAGGCAACUGGCAGCCAAGUCCAGUUGGCCCUUGAGAGAGGUCUUCCGGCAAUGAUAGGGAACUUCAUUUCAAGACAGCUUCCAUAUCCAUCAUUGUCAUUUGACAUGGUUCAUUGUGCACAGUGUGGUAUUGUUUGGGACAAAAAAGAUGGGAUGUUCCUUAUAGAAGUUGACCGGUUACUCAAGCCUGGAGGUUACUUUGUGUUAACCUCACCCACAAGCAAGCUACAAGGGAGUUCAGUGAGUAUGAAGAAGAGAAACAUGUUAACACCAUUGGAAGGAUUGACCCAGGAAAUCUGUUGGAGUCUUCUAGCUCAGCAAGAUGAAACUUUUGUCUGGCAGAAAACUGUGGAUACUGAUUGCUAUGCAUCUCGCAAGCAGGGUACUAUACCACUGUGUAAAGAAGGGCAUGAUGCUCAAUCAUAUUAUCAGCCCCUUGUAUCGUGUGUAAGUGGGACCUCUAGCAAACGCUGGAAUCCAAUCCAGAACAGAUCCUCUGGUUCCCAGUUGAGCUCAGCUGAGCUUGAAGUUCAUGGGGUUCUGCCUGAAGAUUUCUUUGACGACUUGCAGUUUUGGCGAUCUGCUCUGAAAAACUAUUGGUCUUUGCUUACACCCUUAAUUUUCUCUGACCACCCAAAGAGGCCUGGUGAUGAGGACCCAUUACCACCAUAUAACAUGAUACGAAAUGUGAUGGACAUGAGUGCUCAUUAUGGGUCUUUAAAUGCUGCAUUUUUGGAGGAGAAAAAAUCAGUAUGGGUAAUGAAUGUUGUGCCUGUCAGAGCUCCUAAUACACUUCCUCUUAUACUUGAUCAAGGCUUCGCUGGUGCUCUGCAUGAUUGGUAA